AUGGGCUACAACCUUACCGCGGAGAUGUUCAGCGAGUGGGCAAUAGGUCUGGUUGUCAUUGCAGUUCGAUUGUACACACGCUUUUCCGUGGAUCGUGGAAUGUUCCGCUGGGAUGAUGUGUGCCUGGUGCUUGGAACGAUAUUCUGGACUCUCCUUGUUGUAUUCUUACAUCUAUGCACCGCUGUCUAUGGCAGCAAUAUAGGCCUUAAUCACACCACUGCCGCCGAGUUACCGGAUGACCAGGUCCCUUCCCUGACCAAAGGCUCGAUCUAUGCGUUUCUCGCCUGGCUUUCGUACAUCCUCAUGGUGUGGUCUUUCAAGGGGGUGCUUGUGUUUCUCUACAACAGACUCACGAUCGGUCUUUCGCAACACCGAUUAGCCUUGGCUGUGGGCGCUUUCACAGUAUGCACAUUCGUCCAGGUCAAGCCCUAUGCAGGAAACAACUGCACUGUGCGCCCAUUAAACUACAUCAUCAUUGAAGUCUUGAGCAUCUUAACCGAUCUCUGUAUCAUGUGCGUUCCGAUUCCAUUGAUUAUUGUCGCCAAAAUCCCGACGUCUCAGAAGUGGAUCCUCACGGGUCUGUUCUCCUCCGGCAUCUUCGUCAUGAUUGCUGCCGGUCUUCGAGCAUACUACUCCGUCAAAGACCUCUCGACUCUCGCAACGGCUUUGGGCUGGGCAUCACGGCAGGCCUUUGUCUCAGCCAUUAUCGUCUGCGCUCCAGGGAUCAAGCCCCUUCUUUCUCGCUUUUCCUGGUUUGCGUCCUACAGUUCUUCCCGCGGAUACGACAAAAAGGACCGAAGCCGAACGACCUUUUUCAACUCCAAGAGUGGCGGUCGAGACGUGACGGUGGUCAGUACGUGUGAGCCUCAGCCGUACGAGCUCUCAUCUAUGGGCUGGCCAAGGAAGCGCCAGAAUUCGUCGGGAGAGAGCCAGGAACAUAUUAUGGAUCUCCUGCCGGCACCACAGCAGGGCUACACUGGCGACUCCGAACGGAAUAUGGGCAUUAUGAUAACGACGGAUGUCACUCUGGCGCAUGAGGAUCUCCCUCCCGAGGAUCUGCACAACGUAUCCACCACGCCACCAUAUGGACAUUGAGGGCAGUGGUUGUAUACGGAGGUUGGGUCCACAUGUUAAAUAGUGCCAAUCUGAUGCGAUUCCUUUCCCG